CAACUGGCGGAACUGCGGGCACCGAGUCGUCUGGCAAGACUGCGGGCACCGAGUCGUCUGGCAAGACUGCGGGCACCGAGUCGUCUGGCAAGACUGCGGGCACCGAGUCGUCUGGCAAGACUGCGGGCACCGAGUCGUCUGGCAAGACAGUGGGCUCCGAGUCAACAGGCACGACAGUGGGCACCGGGUCAUCAGGUAUCGGAUUGUCUGGUUCGACAGCGGGCAUCGGGUCACCAGGCAUCAGGUCAUCUGGCAAGGCAGCGGGCAGUGGGCACCGGGUCACCAGGUAUGACAGCGGGCUCUGAGUCAAUUGGCACGACAGCGGGCACUGGAUCAGGUACCGGAUCAUCUGGAUCAACAGCGGGC